UAACGCCAAGCAUCAAGAUUAUGCUGUUAAUUCGGGAGUUCAGAGUCCAAUCAAUUAAAAUUUAAUGUGAUGAUCUCAUGUAUACACGUGUGCUUAGUUAAGGAUGCAGGAGUGAAGAUGUUCGGAGAUUUCACAUCGCAAAUGAUUAGCAGCUUGUGGAAUUUCUUUGUUCUUUUAUCAGCAAUCAAGCCACCAACUUUGGUGAUCAACACGGUUUCAUCAGCAUUGUGCAAUUUCCGAAGAACUACUACAACUAAUAAGUCAUUCUUUGGAGCCCAAGGGUUAGGCAUUACAGAUUUCUUGGGAGGUCCGAAAGAAACAAGAGGCUACACCAUGGCAUCUCUUAUUGAAUUCUCAAACAGGAAGAUUCAAAAUGAUCAGCCAACAAUAAAUGAAUUAUCUAUUUAGCUGGCUGAAGGCACACACACAUGACAAAAGCAAUGCAGUGUCAAAGCAAAAGACAUGAAUUCACAUUUUCAGGGGCUGGAUCUACUCUUCUUCAUCUAAGCGAAUAAUCCCUCAUGUGAUCCUCUUUUAAG